GCGCGCGCUCGCGCAUAUACACGCGAGAAAACGAAACAGAGGCGGAGGAGAGCACAACAGGGACCUCGUUGUCGAUGUAAAUUUUUUAAGCGGCCGGCUCGCGUGCAUCCGUGCAUCGGCCAGUUUAAUUAGAAGCGAACGCCACUAUUAUUUCCACGCUCGUCGACGCAGGCCAACAGUAAACGUUCAAGCCGCGAACGUUUAAGUCCCUUCAAUGAUUUAUUUCCUUUUCCAAUUUGCGCGACAAUGCGACCAUGCGUGUACCGGUGUGCCACUCGCUUCGCUGUUUCAUUCGGUGUGCGCGUUUUCUGUACCCGAGGCUUUUGUGUGCCGAGAAAUUGUGGCCAUGGUAACAUCGUCGAAUUCAUCGUUGGAGAAAGACAGAAGGAAAAAAAACACAAGGAUUAAAGAGAAAAGAAUCACGGAUACAAUGGAGAAAAAGAAACCACGCGUUCUACGCGAUUAAAGAAACGGCAAUGGUCUCUUUAGAAUUGUAUCCGCGCUGGUGCAAGAUAUAUACUUUACUUACAAUGAAAGUGUAUAUUUUGAUUAAAAUGUGAAACGUAUAAAACUGUAAAAGAGAUUACCGGCCAUUUGUACGUGCCCUUUGGCCUACGUCAAUAAUACCGAUUUCAGCGCGGGGCAGCCGCUUGAUGGAUUUCAACGGGAACGUUUACGCCGACGAACAACGAAAUCGAUCGGAAGAAUCGCGGCAGGGCACAUUCGACGACAACGACAUCGAAAAAAUUCAGCAGCUGACAAACGAGAAGAAAAGGAAGCAAGGAACCGGUCCGAUAAGAUCGAACGAGUCGGUGAAAAACGGUGGCGAACGGGAUUUCCACCGAAAUCAGCAAUAUCGAAGGGGGAACCAGCAGAGAGAAAAUUACGCGGAAAUGUACGAACACAGAAAAGAUUCGAGCUACCAGGGAAGCUGUCCCGAUAGAAACACGAGCAAUUUCACGGGUGAAAAUAUUUGCCAACAUGAAAAUCCAAAUCUGUCUUAUGAUAAUUAUGGGAACAGCGUGAUUGAAUACGAUGCAAAUAGAGCUAAUGAUGCGUACAGAAACUGCAAAAGCGGAAUAAACAUCAGCGUUGUCUCGCGACAACCAACGUGUGAAAAUGUUGGAAUGGAAAAACCGGUGUACAACGUUUCUUUUAAACACUGCUAUAACAACACCAAUCAAAGAUCUGAUCAGAAAAGAAGAAGAUUUUUUUCCAGGAGCAAACCAAAAGCCGGUAAAAAGAGCAAACAAAUUGCUGGAAACCGUCAGAACUACCGUUGCACCUUUGAGAACUGUUGCGGGAACUGCGAACCCUACGCUGUGAAAAGACAGGACGACGACUGUGGCUCGUGUAAAAAGUGGAAGAACACGGAUUUCUCUCCUAAAAACGAGUGCUUCGACGAUUGUUACUGCCCUCUCGAUGUGAAUUCUCAACAACCUUGCGUAGUUCACGAAGAGAACGAGCCAAAAUGCGAUUUCCCUCCCGACGAUUGUCACACGUCCAGCAAACAGUGUCUGCAGCGCGUCCAUUUCGCAGGAACUGAAAAUUGCGCGAGAACUGAUCAUUCUUCGUGUUCGUUCUGCUCGAGAAAGUGCACACCGUCCAAAGCGAGUUUGUUCGUGGAAAUUGGCGAAAGCGUGGCAAACGUGAGCAACCUGACUUCCGUCCAAGCGUUUCAAUGCGACGAUUCGAUAGGAUUAUUGAAAGACGACGCUCCGAGGAAAGAAUACAGCGCCGUAAAAAGGAACAAGUCUGACUUGUUGAGGUGUCGUAGUAAAUCGAAGAAGAGCGAGCCGAAAUGCAGUUCCAGUUGUAAAGGUCGGCCAGGUGCCGUGGAACGCACCUGUUCGGAUAGAAUCGCGAGCAUGAGCAUGUAUCUUGAUGAUUACACGAUCGAACAGAUGCCCGAGGAACCGUUCAGCCCUGAGAUGAUAGGCAUCGUGCAGUCAAACGUGAGUUUUCAGGAUCUACGUGAUUGCAAAGCGCAAACGGAAAGUGACAUGUACAUCAAGAGAAAGACAACUGGUUGUAGUCAGCAAUGCGAAACAGACGAACGUUCCUUAUUGAGCGAUAUCCGAAAACAGGUACAGGAGACGUAUAAAUGUUUCGUCAAAAUGGUGACGACGAGUGUUGGCCAGAUUGUGAAACAAUCUUCGAAAUUGAAACGUUCGAAGAAGAGCACGAAGGAUCGUUCCACGUGUGGAACAUGCAUGAAAAAUUGCGAAGAAAAUACAUGUGCCAACCAAUGCAAUCAAUCGAAAAUGUACAGCGAAUGCAUGUACGAAGGGACGUGUUGGCAAGGAAUAAUAGGACAGGAAUCAAACAACUGCGAUAUGCAUUGCUGUGGAAACGUCUGUUGCGACGGCCUCGCUGGAUUGCCUGAAUGUCAAACACCUAUGUGUCAAAAUGAUUAUUGGAAACCUAACUGCGACACGCAAGAACAGAUUCAAUCAGAGAGGGAGUGCUAUUUUGAUCUUAGCAGAAACGUUCACAGAAACGUAUAUUCUCCUAACGAAGCAGCUCCUAAAGAAAUACCGUAUCCCAAACACGGUAGCGUUCGCAAAAAGGGUGGUGGCGAUACUUCCAAUCAACAGAAAAAACAGCCGACUCUGAACAAGCGCGGUGAACCAUCGGGCGUGUGCAAUCGCGAAAAUAACAGUACGAGAAGUCAAGUAACUAAGCAACAAAAUCAGCCGACGAGUCAAUUUACUCCUCAAGACCAACAAACGGAUAGAACUAACAUACAACUAGACGUGAGCGUUCAAGCGAAUUCCAUUCGCGCGGUACUCGAUCCUACGACUGCUCCUUACAUCACAGAAAGUAUAGAGUAUCACAAGAGAAUAAGAACCGCGAACCGAUUAGAACCGUAUGCAGAUGAAAGUAGGGUGCCUCCUCAAAGAAAAGAGUGUCCUAGGAUUCAAGAAAUGGAAUCCACAUUGCACCCUUCUCCUAAAGAAAACAUGAAAACACCGAGAAAAUCAGCUACUUCGUCAAAAAAGAAACCUUCGCCGAACCCUAUAACGUCAAAACAGGCACCCAUGUCUCUGAAUCAAAGACAACCAUUCACGCCUGGGAGACCGGAAGUCAAUGCUAGAACAGGAGUAUCGACUCCAAAAAAAGAUGUACAAAGAGACAUGGUAAAGCAAGAAAGAAUGAGAUCAAAAUCCACGGUGAUCGGAAAAGGUGUCCAAUGUACGCUGAUCAGGGAAGUGCGUAUAAUAUGUUCAACUGUGCCGGAGGUGACUGGUCCGGUAGCAGAUCUUUGCUCGUGCAUCCCGAAGAAAGGAAUGGCACGCCCAGAUAAACCACCAUUCAAAAUUUCUCAAAUCGGAGAAGAAAGUCCUCCUGCAACUGAUGUAACUAUGGACGCACCUGAUGCGACUGUGGACGUGCCUGAUGCAACUGUGGAAGUACCUGAUGCAACUGUGGACGUACCUGAUGCAACUGUGGACGUGCCUGAUGCAACUGUGGACGUACCUGAUGCAACUGUGGACGUACUUGAUGCAACUGUGAACGCACCUGAUGUAAUUCUGAACGCACCUAAUGAAGAACCAAAUAUUGAAGAACCUGUGGAGGAGAAUGUACGUUUGGUUGAGUCAUCUGCAGAAAUGCCACUUAUAGACGAGGAUGAAACGACCGUAGAUCCAACCGAUGGUCCUACAGACAGCGAAGCAACAUAUACAGACACACCUGCGAUUGAAACAACCACAGCAGAAUCAUCCAUAGAAGAAGCACCCGCGAGAAACUCUGAAGUUUUAGAAACUUCUAAUGUAACGCCCAUUGAAACAGCCGAAGUUCCCAUACCAGAUGAAUCUACGAUAGACGAAACUGCCAUGGACACACCAAAGAAACCUGAAGAAGAAUUGGUCGUAGCGCCAAUAGUCGACGAGGUGACCGAUGUCGACAAUCGUGCAGUACCGAUCGAGUUCUCGAGAGAUUUUAACGGGAAGAAAAUGUACGUGAGCGUGCAGAUGCAAACGUCGAACACGAUUCUGACGCAGAUCUUGUCCGAGUUUCAAGUAGGCAACAAAAAGCGGCAGGUACUGAUGAGUAUUAAAUUGCACUCGAACCUGGAUGGAAAUGGCGAGGAUGAAGAACAAUCGUCAGAUUCGAACGGUAGCGAAGUGGCGGCCACUGAAGGACAGUCUCCGAGAUAUGACAACUACGAUCAUCAGAGACGAAUAAGACGAGUUACCGUUAGUCCAUCCGUGUACCGUCGAACGUUGACAUCGAGGAAUACAUACGAUUCAUCGAUGUACGCGUCGGUCAACCACGCGACUUAUGAGAGGACCGAAACAAAUUAUUCGCCAGAGAAUGAAAACAACACGACCAACGGUGCCAUGGACGAAUCAUGUGUGCGGACCUUGCGGAAAGAAGAGGCGAUGAUUCAAUCAGUGUUAACGAAGCUUAUAGCCAAGAGAUACGCCGAACAUCUUUGUGAAGCUACCAGUACAAAUUAUCAUUUUGAACGAUGCUUGACCCCAAAAAGUGGUUACUUAGCAAAACUUUAA